CAGCGUCGUAAUAUGCCAACAUGGACUUGGAAAAGUAUAAAGACAGAGAGCAAUAAUGAUGUACGAUAUCGAACAUGAGUGUGGACAAAACAAUAUAGACAAAGACUAUUUGACAACAACAAGGUCUUACACAUAACCAUCGUGGAAUCUUAUGUACAAUGUAAUCUUUCAGAAAGGCACCAAUGAAACAAAUUGGUUCAACAACUCAUCCGUUGGUGAUAUAACAAGAAAAGCGAGAGAUAAUCCAAGCGAAAGUGAAACUCGUAAUGAAAAGGGCAUGUGAUAGCUUAUUACUAUAUAUGGAGGAGAGGAAUAUUAUACAUUUGCGAUUUAGACCAUCACUCGACGUUUGACAUAUCAGAAGAGGAACUAUAUACAAGUGAAUUUAAUCGUUGUUAGCAUCUUGAAUGUACAGUGUAUCGUCGUUUGUCAAUAAAGUAAAUCGAUAUGCAUCGUACAUGAUCAACAAAAGAUUUAGUCAAAACGUGACAAAGUUAUGCACAACAUUACCGAUGAUGGCAUUCGAUUUGACCCUCCAAAUGUUAUACAGUUGAUAGUGAUAAUGUCACUUGGAAUAGCAGUAGUUGUCUCAAACUAUAUUGUCAUAUAUGUAAUCGUACGGACGCGGUCUUUGCGAUCCCAAUCAGGGGUCUUUAUGGCGUCGGGUGCCCUAAAUGACUCGACGAUCGGAGUAACAAGUUUGGUGUUUUUCCCUUACAUGAUAAAGGGGCAAUUUAGUAAUGUCUUUUGUAGCAUACUUGGAUAUCUUGCUUUUAGUGCUAUCCAAACGAGGCUUGGAAUAUUGACCGUCAUGAGUGUAGACAAAUGUCUCACCAUAAAUUACCCAUUCACGUAUCCCAUGAAGAUGUCGGUGACGCGUGUUGGUGUGCUCGUUUCAGUGAUAUUUGUGCAGGCGUAUUUAUUUUGUUUGCCCGUGUUGCUGCAUAGCCACACUUACCGGCAACAUGCGUUUGUUUGUGAAAUGAAUUGGUUAACGCCAUCUAUAUAUCCUUACGUUGCCCAAACCUGUAUCUACUUACAACUUAUAAUAAUGACUUCGUCACACGUCAUCCUAUUCCUCAUAGCAAGACAGCAGCUUAAGAAAAUGAAAGAACUUGGUCAAGGGGGCUCCAUAUGCGAUAAAAAGAACGAAACCUCAAAGAAAGGAUGGGUUGGGACAAAUAUCAAAUCUCAACUCAGAGGGAUAAAAACAUUAUUCCUAUUGGUUGGGAUAUUCUACAUUUGCUGGAUAACGUACAUAGUUGCUCAAAUUAUGUAUCCUACAUUUACCAGGAAUCUCGUUCAACUUCAUGUUGUUAACUUUCUCUCUAUUUGGUUAGGAGUUCUAAAUUUAUCAUGUAAUUGCAUCUUGUAUUAUCUCACGAACAAGGCAUUCUGUUCUGGAUUCAAACGGUAUAUUUUACAUAAAAGAAACACUAUUGAUACAGAAACGUCAAUGUCUUUGUCCCUGACAGGAUAAGGCAUAGACCUUGGUGUUCAGAUCGAAAAUGCUUAUAAAGUCUCCAGGAUUGAUUAAUUGAGGGGAUAAGGCGAACACUCUGAUGUUCAGAUCGUUUGUAAAAUGCUUAUAAGUCCCAAAGAUUAAUUGAUUAAGAGGGCCUUUUAGAUUUUUGAAGUUGAACUCGUUUUUACAUGUCUUUCGGAAUAAAAUAAAUCAAGCUAAUAUAAGAAAUCGA